AUGGCCAUCUCCAGAGGGCCAUGCUGCAAGGAGGAAGUGUUACUGUGCCGUGCCCAGGAUCCGAGGCCACCCUUCACGGCGAGCCUCGUGCUGGGCUCUCACCUGUGCUUUCUUGCUCUGGACUGCGAGUGCACCCAGGGUUCUUCCAUCCCGACACAGCUCUGUGCCUUCAGCCCCGGGUCCACAGCGGGGACACUCGAGCCUCUGCUCUCAUCUUGCCCUGUUUGGGUUUUUAUCAGCCGUGUCUGCAUUGGAGCCUCACUGCAGUGUUCCUGGUGGCUCCUCUUAACUCCUGCUGCUGUCCAUGGAGUUUCCAGAGCCUUCACCUGCAGCUCAGUGGGGUUUCCAUUCACGGACUUGCUGUUCCUGUCGGCCAGUGUCAUGUGGCCUGGAGACCAUCAGGGAGUCUGCACACCCACCACUUACUUGUGCCAGAAACUCUGGAGGCACCCGCCCCUCCCACCUGUUGAGGUUGUGGCAGCCUCUGUGCAGACCACAGACCCCUCUCCCGCCCGGGGCAGCCCAACCCUGAGGGAGAUGGAACCCAAGGACCAGCAGCUCAUGGUGGCGCUUCGGAUCCGUCCACUCAACAGUACAGAACUGGAGGAAGGAGCCACUGUCAUCGCCCACAAAGUGGGGGACCAGGUGGUUGUGCUCAUGGACCCAGGCGAAGACCCGGAGGACACUCUGCGAGCACAUCGGUCUCGGGAGCGGACCUUUAUAUUUGACACCGUGUUUGACCAGCAUGCAUCUCAGGAAACUGUAUACUGUGCCACCAUCCAGCAUUUAGUGGAAGGCGUCAUCUCUGGAUACAACACGACCAUUUUUGCCUAUGGACCCUCAGGUGCUGGGAAGACUCACACCAUGCUGGGCGUGGAUGCGGAGCCUGGCAUCUACCUGCAGACCCUCACCGACCUCUUCCAGGCCAUCGAGGAGACCCAGGACAACAUGGAGUAUAGUGUGUCUAUGUCUUACCUGGAGAUCUAUAACGAAGUGAUCCGUGACCUCCUAAAUCCAUCCUCUGGGUUUCUGGAGCUGAGAGAAGAUUCUAGAGGCAGCAUCCAGAUCGCAGGCAUCACGGAAGUAUCCACUUCAAAUGCUCAAGAGAUCAUGCAGCUGCUCACCAAAGGCAACCGGCAGCGCACGCAGGAGCCCACAGCUACCAACAAGACCUCAUCCCGCUCCCACGCAGUGCUGCAGGUCACUGUGCACCAGAGAAGCCGAGGAGGAGACCUGGCAGAGGAGGUGCGCCUCGGAAGGCUCUUCAUGGUGGACCUGGCAGGCUCGGAGCGCGCAGCCCAGACCCAGAACCGGGGCAAGAGGAUGAAGGAGGGUGCACACAUCAACCGCUCACUGCUGGCCCUGGGCAACUGCAUCAAUGCACUCAGCGAGAAGGGUGGAAGCCGCGCUCAAUAUGUGAACUUCCGGGACAGCAAGCUCACGCGCCUGCUGAAGGAUGCCCUGGGAGGUAACAGCCGCACAGUGAUGAUCGCCCACAUCAGCCCGGCCAGCACCAGCUUUGAGGAGUCUAGAACCACACUGCUGUACGCCUACAGGGCAAAGAACAUCAAGACAAGAGUCAAGCGCAACUUGCUGAACGUCUCCUACCGCAUCGCGCAGUACACUGAUGUCAUUUCUGACCUGCGCAGGGAAAUUGGGCACCUCAAGUCAAAGAUUGAGAAGCAGGAUAAGGAGAAGAAAAGUGACCCCGGUGUCCUGGAUAUCCAAGGUAGCUAAGUGCAGGCCCAGGCCUGUAACUCGAGCAAUGAGGACAGUCGCCUACAGAUGAACAGGAUCCGGGCACAGCUUAUCGGGGCUUUCAAGGAGCAGAUGGAGAUGCGGCGCAGCCUGGUGGAGCUGGAGAAUACCAACAUUGAGCUGCACAUAGACAUGUCUCGCCACCUACUGACCAUUGCAGACUGGGAGCGGGGGAAGACCCACCAGCGUGUGGACGUGGACAGCGGUGAGAGGGACAAGGAGCCAGUGGAUGCUGAUGGAGAGGAAGUCGGGGCUUCCGAGCCCCCGGAGGUGGCUCUGGCCAGAGAGGAGGUGAACUUGCUCUUGGCUGAACAGCAGAAAACAGCAGCCCUCAAGGCUGGGCUAGAGCAGCGCCUGGCCCAUGCUAAGCAGAAGGCCUCACAGAUGGAAAAGCUGCUACCCAGACAGGUGACCAGUGAGGAGCAGCGGGAGGUCCUGCAGCUGCUGUGCAGGGCUCACGAGCUGGAAGUGGAGAACACGGAGCUUCAGGCUGACAACCUAUGCCGCAAGAACUUGCUGUGCCAGAAGGACUUCGUGAUCCAGCGCUAUCACCAGCACCGGCUGCUGUGUGAACAGGUCAUCCAGGGGCAGCGGCAGCUGAUGCAGGACAAUGGCAUCUCAGCCCCGGAGCCUCUGGAACAGCAGUACCGACUCUACUCCCGGGAGCUGGGCGAGGGCACGUUGGACCGACUGCUGCUGCAGCUCUCAGUGAUGUCCAGCUCGCUCCAAGAUGGCCCCAUUAUGAACGUGUCACCCCCACCGACUGAGGAGAGCAGCGGAGAGCCUCUGGGUGACAGAAAAGAUCUCCCGUGGGGUGCCACGUUUGAGCUGCCUCAGAUGCUCCUAGAGAGAGACAGUGAUGGGAACAGGUCCUCAAAAAGCACUCCCUUGCGGAGGCUUGGAAAGCAAGACUCUCUUCUCCCUCCACCAGCCCUCCGCAUCUUGCUGACACCCCCUAUGCUUGAGAAGCCAAAUGCCCCAGGCACCAAGAGCCUGAUCUCUAGGCUGCAGCCCACGGCUGCCUUGGAGCUGAGGACCCAACAGCCACCAGGAGAGAUGAGCCCUCUGCUGAGUGCCCAGGCCCUCAAGGAGAUGGCCCUGGGUACCAAGAGCAUCGCUCUCAUAGCAGCCAGCCGGCGCUGCAAGGUGUACGACAGGGAGGGCGGCUGUCUGGACUCCAGGGACCCCAGCCCUGCAGACUGGAGGUGGCCCCAUGCCAGCCCCAGCAGGGACCGCUCUCUAGACAGGAAGGCAGGGAGGAAGCGAUCACCCUCGUUCACCUGGAGCCUGCAACAAACACUGGAGAAACAUCAGCCGUCUGUGGACCAUCCCUCCGAGAGCCAGCUGUCCCCGGCACUCCUCCAGCCACCGAAGCCGGCAGGGAAGGGCCUCUUCCCUGCUGUCUCUGUGGCCUCCAAGACGAAACCCAGCCUCAGUGCUCACACGGAUGAAAACAUCCUCCAAGUGCCAGAGGUCAGCUUCACCUUCCCCAGCGCCGUGUGGCAGAGCAAUGCAGCAGCCCCAAGCCGGCCUCCCCUCCUGCCCCGUGACAUCCGAGGACGAUCUUGUCACCUAAUGAACCACCUGACCACCAAGUCAUUGAAGUCAAGCAUCCCUGGGCUGUCCAACUAUCAGGAUUUUGAGGGGUAG